AUGGGCAGUGAAGAGGACAAGAAGUUCGUGGUGGAUUUGAAGCAGCCCGGGAUAGGGGAUGGUGUCAAAUAUGACAUCAAAAUCCCCAAAGAGGUCCUCGAAAAGCUGUGGGUCGACGAGGACUUCCCUCUGAACUACAAGUCCAUAGGCAUCAAGAAGGAGCUGGCCCUGAGCGUUGCAGGGCGCCUCGUCAACUAUGCCUGGUGCCCGAUUUCUUAUUCCCAUCCCGGCACGCCACUCUUCCCGGAGGAUGGCGUCAUUGAUCCUGAACACAACGAGAUUGGGCAAUACGUCGUGCGCUUGUGGAGUGAAGGAUUGGUCCAGUGGGUAGAUGUGAAGGUGGACUCCUACGUUCCCAUCGACUUGGGGGGAGGUCUGGCUUACGAGGGGAAGCCGCUUAUCUACGUGAAUCCAACCGAUGACGCUUGCUGGAUGUGCAUUCUGGAGAAGGCCUUUGCCAAGUUCUUCGGGAACUACAUGCAGCUGAACGGUAAUAUGGUGAGCGCCGGUUGGAAGAUCAUGAAGAGUCCUUGGGACGUCCAAGAUCUGGACGUCCGUUGGGGUGAGAAGGAGGAGGACGCACACGAAAAGGGAGAGCUGAAGCCUGAAGAGUUCUUCAAGGUGAUCCAGGAGUUUGACGACAAGAAAUACCUCAUGUGCGGUGGCAUCGUCGCCAAGAAGAAUCCCAACCUCAAGGAUUUUGACGAAGAGGAGGAUGAGGGUGAGAUUGGAAAUGGUCUGGUCACAAAGCAUGCCUACCGUGUCUUGGGAUGCUAUGAGGGCCAUGGCUUCCAGUUAGUGCGGGUCCGGAACCCCUGGGGGAAGAAGCAGGAAUAUACGGGAGAUUGGUGCGAUGUUUCUGACAAGUGGAAGGAGAAUCCUGAAGUGGCCAAGGACUUGGACUUCAAACCGCGGGUGGACGGAAUCUUUUGGAUGACGAUCAAAGACUUCUGUUACUACUUCACGCUUGUGCAGGUUCUGAAGAUUAGCCAGCCCUGCUCUCGAGCAGCCGACACGCCCUACGACGAGGAGAGGGCCAAGAAGGUGAGGGCUGCCCGAGAAAAAGCCAAGCGCAUCAGGCAGGAGAUCUACGACAAUGGUGGAUGGUAUACCGAUGAGGCUGAAAGCUGGCGAGGUGGGAAGCAGCCUGGCAUCCGAGUUUUCGAGGAUCCCGAGCUCUUCGAGAUGGUGACAAAGUCUUACAUGGAGCUUUGGGACAUUCCGGAAAAUAUUGCCAAGGACUUUGCAGAGCACGCCAAGACGAAGCUUCCGCCCAAAAUGUUGAGAUUCUUGGCCGACCGGACGAAAGAACAGAGCAAGCCGAAGAGCGAACCCGAAUGGAUGAAGGCCCAACGCAAAGCUCUGCCUCCAGGAGAGGGAGCCACUGGAAACUCCGGUGGGGAUGAGUCUCGAGAUGACUCAAGCCCAACGGCCGCAGGCAGUGGCCUUGGUGCCGUCCGAGCCCUCCAAAAGGAGGGCCACGAAGAGUCAUCUCGCAUGAUGCACGGACUCUCCGGCCUGCCUGGGAUGGCUGGGAUGCGCGAGGGCUUGAUGGCACCCCAAGAGGACUCCUUCUCUUUUGGCCCCACGGACGAGCAGCGGGCUGCAAUCCUUGCUGAGAUGGAGGCAGCCCAUCAGAAGACUCUGGCCGAGGUGGAGGCCGCGAAAAAAGCCAGAGCCGAGAGCACCAACGAGCCGAGCCGUGGACCGCUGAGCGACAAAGAGAAGGCAGAGAUAUUAGGUCCUUUGCAGGCGCCUCGGGAUGGCCGCGUCCAAGGAGGGGUCCAGGUGGAACUUGGCGUACGAUCGAUUACCUUCUACGCAUACUUCAACUUCUGCUCUGAAUACAAACUGAUCCUCCUAGCUGAGAUGGGGAAAUCUACCGUUGCAGCAGCGGUAUUUCAAGAUCUUCAAGCAGUUCCUGUUCCUGCUGCCUUUGUAACCUUUGAAACACCUGGGGAGCUGAAGUUGCAGAUGGCGACGACUUUCCAAUCCACAACAAACCAGUUGUCUCAAGACCUGCUUGGAGCUAUGGAGAGGCUGAACAGAAGGGGUUUCAACGCGACCGUUUUGGUGAUUGAUGCUUUAGAUGAACACUUUAUGACUGACUCUGAUACGGAAACAGCCAAGUUGCUCGCAGGGGUGUCUUGGAAGCUUCUUCAACGCGGUCUUGAUUUCUCCGUGAUCUGUCUAGUGCGAUUGCUGGACACAGAGCGCCGCUUUGAACAAAUGAAUGGCGGACACAAGAUCACAGGGGGUCUGGCAGCCGAGGCUUGUCUUCGAGUGGCUUCUGGUACCCUGCAAAGUUAUGCAAAUCGCUUGCACAUGGCAAAUGAUUACAAGAG